GUGAUCUUUAGAGACACAGGGCCUGUGAGCAUGGAAGUCUUGUAAUGUUUAUGUCUGUCUUUACCCCAUCGAUUGAUCCACACUGAACAAAGGAAAUCUUACAGCCUACAAUCAACGUGUACUAGAGGACUUGUCUUCCACCAGCGUCUCAUGAGUGUAGCGUUAAACUGAAGUUCGGAGUCUUAACUCAACCUCCAGGGAAGAAAAUGUGGAAGCAUUCUCGCCCAAGAAAGCCUAAUGCCGCUUGGAAUUUGCAUAAAACGCAUGAGCACACGAUAUAGUACACAAAGAUUUACGACCACCUAUCUCUGCGAUAAGGUGGAGUGUUGUCUCAAAUUUACCAUAUAUGGGCAGUUGAAAGUAGCUAUUGUGGGCCAUGCGGACUAUACAAACAAUAUGAGCACUUAUUGUUGUUUUCCUGCUACACUUAACAGUAAAUGUCUCCUACAGUGGCGGCUUAAAUCAUUAGUAACAUAAUACAAAACGGUAUGUAAUGAACAUAAAGGGGCGAUGCACUGCUAUUGGCGAUAGAAGCAUUAGCGGUAAACAGCGCACAACGGUAUACAUUUGAGUCAUCGACAUACUGCCUACCAUCUUUCUUUUCUUUUCUUUUUUUUGUUCACACACCACAUGAGUUGCAUGAUUUCGACCUGACAAUGCGGUAUCUGCAAAGGAGGAGUGCAUGCUAUUUCCCGGACUUGAGAUACAACUUGAGUAUUCCUCAGUGACUUCGUACCUCAAGUGCAAAAGAAAGAAUGAAUAAAGCGUGUUAAAUUCUUUAAAAAUACGUAUUGGCAUAGUGCAGGUAAAAUGUUCGUCAUAAUUUUCGACCCUAAUGUUCAACGCCACAUCGGUAGCGGAAAAGUAAAAUAUCAGAGAGCCCCUUCCUGUGCGGUCUGUAGUACAAGAGCAACUCUUACCGAGCCGAAGCAAAUGAGGACAUUUCACUUCGGCGUAGGCGGUGGAGUGCGGUAGUAGAUGGUCGCCCUCCCCGCCCACUAAACAUCACCGCAGCCUUUUUUCUUCUUUUCUUUUUUUUUUUUUUUUUGCUAGCUCAUUUCUUCAUGUUCAUUUUCUUCGGUUCGCCUGACAUGCGUUACCCGAGCUAGCACUCCCUUCUCGUGGUUUGCGGAAUGGCGGCGCACAGAAGCGCACAGGCAAACGCCUUAGCUCUGGGCUGGCUUCACGCCGCAGCCGAUAUCUAAAAAAAUAAAAAAAGAGAGAACGUGGCAAGUAGAAGGCUCCCUUCCUGCUUUUCUUUCUUUGGCUUCCCCCCAAGCCGUAAUACUUUUCACCUCCGGCGCCGGGGCGGCAAAAAUACAGGCGCGCCUUCUUGUACAAGCGCGCUUUUACUCCCCUCCGCUUUGUUCACUUAGCUUUCCUCUUUCCUUUUGGUUUUCUUUUUAUGUGUAUGUACUUUCCCGCUCGGUCCGGCGCGCCGCUCCGCAGUCCGCUGUUAUUCGUUCGCUCUUCCGAUUUGGCCCGAGCGAGACACGGUUGGACACCCCCAGCGAAUACGCAGCGGCGGACCGUGUGUCAGCUCCGUCUGCUCCCUGUCGCGUACCGCGCACGCGCGACAAGCACAGAACACAAACAGAAGCAGCGUUCGCCUGCUAUUGGACGCGGCCAGACGACGCAACGCCGUAGACGCCACAGCGGCGCGCGCUCUCGCCAAACGGCAUCCGGGAGAGCGGGCGUGCAUUGUGUGACGUCACAAAACUAAGCACCGCCUUUUCGGGCACGCUCCGCCUACAGGGCGAGCACACAGCUCCGCCCCCUCGUCGUCUGCUGGCCGGCCGCAGCAGCCGGUCAGUGCGGUGCCGGUAGCGGCUUUGAGUGCCCCGUGUUUCUUCUCGUCUUCUGCCAUGAAGAAGCGUGCGUCGUCUGCUACCACGAGUGCCGCCGGCAACGCGCUGGAUUUGGCUACGCGUUGAAAACAAGCGUGUCACGCUGGACGUCCCCCAUCGAUCGAUUGUCCGCUCACGCCCCGUGCUGUGUCGCCUGCUUCUGCUGUAACCCCGAGACGUCCCCGUUGUGUGUCGUCUGCUCGCCACGCUACGCGCGCGCUGCGGCGGGUGGUACGGCGACGUUUCGGAUUUUGUGAUUGCUCUCCUCUGUGUACCGGCGCGCACGGCGGGCGUGCGCCACGGUGACCACUCGUGGAUUUCCGUGAGGACCGGCCGCGCGCGUUCGCGGCCUGCGGCGACCCUGCUGCAACCAUGUCGUCCAUGCUGGCCGGCGGUCCCAACAUCCUGCAGAUGUGCAGCAGCUUCGAGGCGAACAAGUCCACCAAGGGGGCGUCCAAGCUUCGCCGGGACCUGAUCAACGCGGAGAUCUCGAACCUGCGCGACCUGCUGCCCCUGCCGUCGUCGACGCGGCAGCGGUUGUCGCAGCUGCAGCUCAUGGCACUCGUGUGCGUGUACGUGCGAAAGGCCAACUACUUCCAGCACAUAUUCCGGAAACACGAUGUUCUGCCGGAGGUCCCGCUUAUACACUUCGGCUUCUCCAAAGCAAUGAGCGGGUUCCUGAUGAUGAUGACGCAGAACGGCAAGCUGCUCUAUAUCUCGGACAACGCCGCUGAGUACCUUGGUCACUCUAUGGAGGACCUGCUGAUCCACGGCGACAGCGUGUACGACAUCAUUGAGAAGCAAGACCACCAGGCCAUCCAGGCGGAGCUGAUGCGGAGCCCGAAUCCCCUGGGGGUCCUGCACCACGAGCCGGACACGAGGCUCUUUCUGUGCCGCAUGAACGUGUCGCGCAACGCACGGCGUCAGAUGCGCUUCGGCGACCAGAAGGUGGUCCUGGUGCAGGGCCACUUCGUGUCCUACCUGCCGCUGUGCAGCCGCAACGAGCCCGUGUUCUUGGCCACGUGCACUCCCGUCGCCAUGCCUGAGACGCGAGAGUGCGUCGUCCAGGGAUCCACGUCCGUGUUCACUUCCAUACACUCCAUGGACAUGAAGUUCCUACACCUGGACAGGAAUGGCGAGUUCCAUCUGGGUUACCAAAAGUCCAGCCUUCAGAGCAUAUCCUGGUAUGAGCUGGUACACUGGGAGCACCUGAGGGAAGCACAGUCAAAGCACCGCCUCAUAACACAGUCGGAGCAAGAACGAUCGUGCAUCCUGCUGGUGCGGCUGCAGACGAGUCGUUCGGGCUGGCUGUGGGUGCAUGCCGUGCUUCAGGUGAAGGAUGGCUCCGACAGCUCCCAGCAGCCCGUCAUAGUGUGCACCAACCAGGUUCUUAGUGAACGGGAAGCAGCCGUGAUGCGCGCGAACUCUUGGCUCUACCAGUACUACUCCCUGCACUCGAAGAUGCACUACGGCCUUGCGUACGAAGCCACGCGCCUGCCGGCCUACUACCCUACGCCCGUGAUGCCCUACCCACCGCCUCCGCCACCUCCGCCACCGCGGGAAGUGCCGCAAGCACCGUUGCCACACUCACCUUAUGCUUUGCCCCACCACCUCAACGGAGCGCCGGUGCCUCACCAUCCCCAGCACCACCCCGGUGUACUCCAGUACGGCGGCCCCUCACACCACAGCGGCCUUCCUUACAGCAGCGUUGCAACUAGUGCUGCAGCCGCGACAGCUUCCGCAAGCGCAAGCACCAACAGCCCGAUCCCUUCGCCCGAUCACCGGAAGUGGAUGUCACCGUCUUCCUCGUCUUCUGGUGGACUCAAGAGACCGGCGUCUCCCGGUCACAGCAUCAGCGUAAGCAGCGGCGGAAGCGUGAGCGGCAGCAGCAGUGUCAGCACCAACAGUCCGACCCUCCCCAAGGCCCCAAGGCCGAGCUACGGCGCGUUCACGGAACUUGCUCCGCUGCUUCCUUCCGGUUACUACGGUGGUCCCGGACAGGUCCUGGCAGCGACGGCUCCCGUUCCCGCGGCCUUUCGCGCCCCCACCAAGCUACCCGACGACAGGCUGGCCGACGUGGAACAGUCACUGACGCCCACCAACACGGAAGACGUUUCCCAACUGAUCUCUGGCGGCGGAUCCGGUUACCUGCGGCCCACGUACAUGUCCUUGGACGACCCCGAGGUGGCGAAGGCCGCUCGGAGCGUGGCACAGUACCCGACGCCUCUCGAACCGCCCGCAUACUACCCUCGUUACCUGGAGCUAAGCCUAACGCUCGAACUCGCCGACGGCAAGGAACCGUACGCAGCGGCGGCCGCGGCAGCUGCGGCAGCUGCUGCGGCGCAGAGCUCGGCGGACCUAAGAGAAGGGUUCCUCUACCACCGGGGCGCCUUCGCUCCACCGCGGUUAUCGGCGCCGUGCGGAGCUGGCAGCGAAGAGGAAGCUGCGGCCGCUCUCGACGCCUCGGCUGCGGCGCACGCUGCAGCUGUUGCGGCCGCGGCUCAUCACCACCAUCCGCAUCCCUACUGGCACCGGCCGGUGGGCGGCGCCGGCCCCCCUGGUUUAGGUGGGACGGGCGGCGGCAUUGACGCGGCAACUGGAGCGUGCCUUCCACAGCCCCAGCCGGGACACCGGGCAAUUCCUGAGGAACCUGCUUCCGUCGAGUCCUGACCGGUGCUUGGUGCCGGCCACGUCACGGUUGUGUGACACCCGCAACACCUUCUCCGUCCAGCUUCGGCUGUCCACGCACGAGGCAGAGAGAUAGAGAGAGAGCCACCGUAUGGCAUAUUGCCAAUACAGAGAGCACGAAUACCCGGCUUGGAUGAAGGAGCUCUGGACUAUUACGCUCCUGCAGCACAUGGGGCAAACUAAAGCCAACUGCACUUCCAAUCGUGGCAGCGCACCAGCUACAUGGACCAUUGCUUUAGAGAAGAACUGUGGAACGCUAUCUUCCUUCGGAAACGAUCGAGAGCCAAGGACAGCUCCCCACGAAGCCUAUGUUUGCAUUAUUUAUUUCGAACAUUCGAUUGAGCAGUGUAAGGAAUGAUGCGUGUGCUUUCGUGCGUAUCAUAGCCAUUAAUGGGGCAUAGUGAUCGCAGCUACAGAUGACGACACCUAGAAGUGGCAGUUUCGACAAGCAAUGCCUUGAGAAGCCGGCAUCACCUUUCCAAGCACCGAUAUGCGACGAGAGAAAGAGCAGUGACAAGAGGUGCUCCUCCUUGACCGCAACACCAAAGAGUGGAAAACUGGACUCAAUUCGAAACGUUUUUUUUACCACGGAUAAGUACCACGUUCUGGUUACAUCAUAUUGCCCAUAAGUGUCGUAGCAACGCCAUGACGUGAUUGCGUGGGUGAAGUUGACGUUGAUCGUUACGAACGUUCAUAUGACUACCUUGGUCAGUGGGCAAAAAUAUACAAUGACUGUGUUGCUGCUCUAAAGAAUGUAUGUACAAAGAGCGAGCAGGGCAGUUCAACAAUAAUAGACAGCGGGGCCUUAAAAAAGUUUAGCGAGUGCGAUGAAUGCAAUUAACUGUUGUGCCUUACACUUACGGUAUUCGUUUUGAUCUUGACUGAGACGUUCGUGAAAACGAGCUAUAUUGUGUACCACUCACGAUUCCCUUAAGGCCGCGAGCCUUACACAAACUCUACGGCCAUUCCGCGUUCCUUACCUUUUAGGAGAGCCGAUAUAGUGAACAAUUUCAUUUCACAAGGUGUCUUAAUUCUCAAAUUUAUUUGGAACUUUUCGUGACAAGCCAUGGUGGUUAAAACUUGGGUAGAACUUGGAGGACUGGCAAAUGACUUGCAAGCCUCGUUUUCUGUAGUACACGAAGUCACUUAUUCAGUGUGUACGUGCAAACCUGGAAGGGCUGUGCUGCUCCUGAAGUACACUAUCGAGUGGCGCACGGAUUGUUUUUCUUGUUUUUUUUUGUUUUUCUUUGCAAUGUCCGCUGAGGUUAAGGUGUCUGGAUUACUGAAUCAACUUCAAGCAUGUAAAGUGUCUAAGUGUCUAAAAACGAAUGUCAGAGCAAGGCGGGAAACUACAACGAUGCAUGAGGAGUGUUUGCCUUCCGUGCAUUACUGUAGGCAUUUCGCUGUGACGUAUCUGAGUUGCCUCAUCUGUGAAAAACACCUCUACCUAAAUGAACUAGUGGCAACCGCGUGAAUACCAAAAACAUCACAGUCUGCCAUUUUACCGUCAUUCAGUGUAAUGUGCGCAGUUGCCUGGAUGUCUGUCAGCCAGCGGUAUUACAAGAUGCCAACUUUGACGGCUAUUCCGGACGUAUAGCCUGCCUAUCUCGUGCGACGGUAAUCAGCUUGCAUGUGUGGUAUUGAUGAGGCAAAUAUUACUCUUUUCGCCACUCAGCAACGAUCUCCACUACGAGCAUCUUACAUGCAUGUUGAAUACACAUGGCAGCUGUCACUUAUGUUGAGUGGUGAACUCAUACCACGGCAUUCUUUUUAUUAUAACUGCAGUGGUGCUUUAACAAAAUGAGUGAACUUACCGUGAAAUGGAUAAACUUAAGGUAGACUAUCUGCCACCAAAAGCACCUUAUGCCACAUUUCUGCAGAAAUGAGCAAAGCGAAGUGUUUCGUGCCUGUUUAGGGCUGAUGUGAGCCAGUGUUUGGUAGAACAACAUUAGAGCUCACUUAAAGAACGCUUUAAUCCAUGGAUACAAGUAAGGUCGUAGCAGGAAGUUUGCCACUAAGUGCCUGAGGGAGCCGGCGUUGCUUUUCCUCGUAGGACUUGUUGACGACUCACCAAUUUAAUUGAGGUCGGCUGAGUUCAACCCAAGGCGCCUCUCCGGGGAGGGUAUUUUUGUAAUCAUGAUAUCUAAAACAAUAUUUGCGUGAUUAUUGCUGCAAUCAUGUGCAAGAUUUGCACUUGCUUUGAACAGCAGUAUCUUGAGCAGCACAUAAGCGACAAGAUAUUAUAUAUUUUCACCUAAUACGCACUACGCACAGUCAAGGUGACUCCCGCAAAUCUGAUUAGCACAGACGACAUGCGGCACCCUAUAUUGAUGUAACGCGAUUUUCCGUCCAACUGAUUGCUUCUGAUAGGUGUGACGGUGCCAUUAAACGCGCUCACUGUUUUUGUACGAAACUAAUGUUUUGGGCACUCGGAAUGCCUGUCAACACCUCUUUGAAACUGACUCAGGAUGCCAAUUGAAAAAAAGCGCGGAUUUCGAUAUCAAAUUUAACUUGCCUGUUUGUUCUGGCUUGAGAAUUGCUUUUCCAAGGUAAUAAGUCGGUCCGUCAUUUGAGAAGAUGUGUGCUGCUUUAUAGUAAAUAGUUUUGCUUACUAGCGCCUACCGAAACAAAUGAAAUCUAUCCGUGGCUUAUCCUGAAAGAAGCGGGUGCUUCUUAACGAAAUUCGGGCCCCUUUUUUGCAAGCAAGCUGAGACGUCCCGAAAGUCAUGUUCUACGUCUACCGAUCGCAUGUCACGUUUGAUAAGCUUAGAUUGAAAGCACCGCUUUACACCUAUGACACACAAAGUAUUUACGAUGCAUGUUCAUCGCUGCUCCCCAGUGCCUUAUUUACAGACCAUGAUGUCAUUUCAUGUCAUGUCUUUUUGAGGAACGUUAGUCCUUGUAAAUACAAGUGUAUGGUUUCUAUUUCUUCAACCUUAAGAUAUCGAGUGAGCUGUCAUACCAUAGUUAUUCCUGUCGCGAAACCUUCUUGAUCAAAGAUAUAAUUACCAUAUUUCACUCAAGUAUAUGUAAAUAAAUGGAGAAAGAUGUGUGCACCCCCUGCAAGCUUUAGGUGAGAACAAAUGUUCAUCUUGCGUCUUUCGAACAUGCUCUAUUGUGCCACGAAGCAUCCGCUUAUGUGGAGUGUUUGUUUCCUUUGUGCUUUCUUCCUAAAUGUAGGAAGGAAGGAAGAAAUUUUAUUGUUCUUACUGGUGUGCGUGUGUUUUCUGUUCUUAUUGUAUUGUGAAUGUGCGAAAUGCACGCUUAUACAGAUCUCACCGCUGCGGAUAAUCCCUGUGAAUUUUAUUUACCAUCUCUCCCUCUUUCUUUUCCAUAACUUUCUUUCAUAGUGGAAGACGUACAGUACUCGAGACAGUACAUAUUUAUUUCAAACUGCUUCGCACGACACUCUGCCUCUGAGAGUGCGUUGUUGCCUGCACUUUUGUCCUGUUGCGAAUGCCAGCUUGGGUCAUGCGUGGCUUCAAAUUUUGGACUGCAGCCGCAUCCACAACACUGUUUAUCCCUGAGGAGGUGAAAUCGCACUAGUCUGAAUAAGCAGCCACACAGAACGUUGGCUUGUCCAUCUUUGCGGAAACCAUGAAAAGGUUGAUGUGUUUGGUGAAAGUAAAGAUUAUUAGGCCGAUACCGCAAAAAUGUGUGACGAACCGAAGCAUUCUUGAUGGUCAGAGUGGGGCAGAGGAAAUUGUUCUCUGGAUUAAAUCAGUGACGAAGGGGCCUCGAAAAGUUAUCCGAAAUACUACCUUAGGAAACAAUUUUUAGUACCGUUUGAGGAAUUCUGAAUAAGGUCAUCGGCCAGAUGUACUAAAGAUGGUAUGCUCACUUGAAAUUUAUGCAAAAUUUAGGUUGAAAAGAUAUUGAGGCGCAUAUAUAAAACAUCGUGCUACAAGCCCGCCGGGUUAGUGUGUGUGCGAACAAGGGUACUGAAAUAUUGUUUUUUUCACCUUCGUUAUCAUAAACUCCGGAAGAUUGUUUUCGCUGCGUUUGCUGAAAAUCAGAAUUCCUCGCUAACUCGACACAGAGCUGCAGCAGCGCCUCGUUCGCCUGCAGGGUGCGCUGUGCCUGCAACAGUUCAGUUGCACUUUGUACUUUACUCCUUGCUUUUCUUCCUCCUUUAUUGCUGUUCUUUUUUUUUUUGUUUUUACGAGCGGUGUGGACAUUACGCGUGUACGAGUCCUUGCUUUGUUUGGAGCACUGUCACGUUGCGUUUCCUGUGUCACGUCACCGCGCUUGCGUGAGCGCAAAAACACUGUGUACAGAGACUUGUCUAUUAUGUGGCAAUGGAUGCAAUUAAAGAAACAAAAGAAGUUAUUGUUUCGUAGAAGAAAAAAAAACGCUUG